AAUCCGAGUCUGGUGAUUACUAUAACACCCUUAUUACGUCAUCUACGGGGAAAAAAUGAAGAAGAAAAAAAAAAAAGAUCAGCAACUGCGUUUUCCGCGCGGUGGUCCCGGGGUACCCCCCUCGGCGCCGUCUCCGUGAUUCAUUCAGGGAGGCUGCACUGCUCCGGCGGUGCGAGGGGAGCGUCGUUCGCCCGUCUGCCGCUGGGCGCGCUGUCCGCGGGCCGGCUGGCGGCACGCCGCGCCGACCGCCGCAGUGUGGGUCGCGGUGGCGGGCAGAACUGCUCCGUUGCGUACUCGGUGACACUCGCUCCGUUGCGGCGACCGGUGACUGGAGACGCGGCGAGGGAAGGCCGUGUUGACAGCAGCGAGCGCCCGGCGCCACCGCAGAGGUCACAGCAGGCGCGAGCUGCUGCGCCGCUGUGGCUGCGCCUGGCGUUGCUCGCCGCGCUGCUGGCGGCCGCCGUCGCCGCGCAGCAACACCGCCGUGGCGCGCGAGGCCUGUGGGGCGAUGAGGACGAGGAUGAGGACCUGGACGCGGUGGGCGGCGAGGAUGAGGACUACGCGGAGGACGACGCGGGCGGGGGCGGCGGGGACUCCGCCGCCGAGCUGGAGGACGCCCUGUGGGAGCGCGAGGCGGGCAUGGCGGCGUCGGCGCGGCGCAACGUGGCCUUCAUGCAGGGCUACAGCGACCUGCGCGAGCGCGUGCCCAAGGCGCCGGCGUCCGUGCUGGACGAGAUCGACUACUCCCUGCGCGCCGGCGACCUGCUGCUCCCGGAGGCGGCCUUCAUGCAGAAGCUGAACUUCUCCCGCGCAGUGCAGAGGUCGCUGUCAGACCUUCGGGUGCCCUGCGAAGGUGAUGCUGACGCGGAUUGCGUCAUGACGCUACCCGUGGUGCGGCGCGUGCUGUCGCGCAGCGGCGACGCGGCGCAGCAGCUGCGCGCGUGGCGGGGCGCGCAGGCGGCGCUGCGCCCUCUGGCGGGGGCGUUCCCCGCGCAGCUGGCCCUGGCGCGCGCGGCGGCGGCGGCCAACGGCGUCGCGCCCGCCGAGGGCGAGGACGGCGAGGGCGAGGACGAGGACGGGGCGGAGGGCGCGGGCGCGGUGGGCGCGUACUGGGUGCGCCUGCUCGACCCCGACGACUUCCUCGACAUGACCGCGCUGGCCGACCUGGUGUACCCCAGCGCCCGCCUGCGCGCCCUCGACCACGCCCUCGACGAGAAGGGGCUGAAGGGGCGUGCCCUGUACGAGACGGCCCUGGAGACGCUGAACGCGUCGCUGGGCAUCGAGGGACUGCCCAGCGAGGACCUCCUGAAGCAGGUCCGCUACGAUGGCGAGUGUCCCACGCGCUUCGUGCAAAACUGCAGCAGCGCGAGCAGUCGCCUGGCGCACGAGCACCUGGGCGCCGCCGAGGACAAGAGGAACCUCAUCCGCGUGGCCACGCGCUAUUCAGCUACGCACGACAUGCUGGCGUCUGUGAUCCGGCUGCUGUCGCUGCACCCGGACCGCCUGGAGGAGGUGGGCGCGCUGCCGGACGAGGAGGACUACGAGGAGCUUUCGGCGGCGGCGGCGGAGGCGAGCGGCAGCGAGGACGACGACGAGGUGCACCGCGGCGAGGCGACGCUGCGGCUGCUGGUGGCGCUGCGCACGCUGCCCCGGCUGGCGUACCUGGCCGUCUUCCGCCCCUUCCGCCUGCGCCUGAUGGCCGCCCUCGCGACCACGGCCCACCCGCCCCCACGCCCCCACCCGCGCCCACGCCCACGCACCCCACCGGCGACAAUGCCACCGCCACCGCCUCCGCGCCCAGCGCCACAGCCCCCGCGCCCGUCGACCCCGUGGCGCUCUGGGCCCAAGUCAGGUGAGACACUGCGGCACGGCGCUCUUCCAGGCGGCGACGCGGCGUGGCUGGCGGACGCGGCGCUGGCGCGCAACGAGCCGCUGCUGGGCCGCUUCCUGGCGGAGCUGCUGGCCUUCCAGGCGCUGGAGUACCUGGCCAGCUACGACCCCGCGCACCCGCUGCCGGCCACGCGCUCCGACGCGCGCAUCCCGGUGCUGAUGCAGCUGGGGCGCGCGCAGCGGUGGCCGGAGAUGCUCAACGACCAGCUGGACAUCAACGAGAUCCGCGCCGAGCCGCUGCUGCGCUACUUCAAGCCGCUGGCGCGUCUCCUGACGGUGGAGGCGGCGGCGAAGGCGGCACCGGCGGCGAAGCGGGAGGCGGUGGACCUGACGCCGCCGGCGCUGCCGGGCGCUACCGGACGGACCCCUCGGACGUCGGCGCCCAAUGCAGAUAAGCCAGGCGCAGCGCGGCGGCGACGACGAGAGGCGGCUGACGGCGCGGCGACGACGGACGUCCCCGCCGCCCCGGCGCAGCCGUCCACCAACGGACGGCCCCCCGCGCACGUCGUUGGCGCGGCGGGUCAGCGACGUGGGAACGGCGUGCUGACGGCGGUCGCUCGUGUUCUGGCGCGCUGCUGGGCCGCGCCGUUCGUGGCGGUGGCGCGCGGCUUGCUCACCAAGAGGCGCUACCAGCGCAACCGGCGCCCCGACGCGGACGCGCCGCCCAAGGCGGCCAACGGGGACGUGGAGGCCGCGGCCGCCGCCGUCCCCGAGGAGGCCGAGCCCGCCAUCCCCGACGCCAACCAGGCAGAAAUUGUUAAUGUUAUCAUUGUAUGA